AUGCCACAAUCAGAACAAGAUCGGAGCUCGCAAAGCCCACACCCUCAAGAAGAAUCACGUGAGAGCCCAGUCCGAGAGAUGGAGCGUUUGUCAAUCCGUGGUGAGAAAAUGGACAAAGAUAAGGAAGCCAAUGAAGCAGAGGCGGUAACGCAUGAUGCUAUGGUAACCAGUCCACCAUCUCCGGAAAGACUCGCUAUAAACACGCUCGAAGACUUAAAGCUCAAGUGCCUUCAAAGGGAACAAGAAUUCAAUAUAGCAGUACAAGAGCAAGAUGAACAAGGACAAGAGAGCGCAUUGGAUAAUCUCACGGCUGCCCAAGAACGCGUUGACAAGUAUCGGGAAGCGUGCAAGAAAAGAUACCCUACACGCUUGGAAUUCUAUACAUGGGAUGAAAUUGAACAAUGCAAUCGACAAUUCAACUUGGCAUGUCGCAAUUCAGAAGGAUCAAGCAAGGAAGAUCACUACGUGCCAAAGGAUCUACCCGUAUUACAAGUUGUCGGUUCGGACAAAUGGCAUCCCAACAAGGCGGUACACUUAUCUGCUGAAAUGUUUCUCCGUGCUUUUACAAAAGAACUCAAAUCCUGUGGUCUUGAUGUAAGAAAGCAUUGGAAUCGUUUGCUCCCAAAGUGUCUUAACGAUGCCCAAAACCUGUGGCUGGAUGGUGUAUUGGAAGAAGAUGAACAUUGCAACUGGCAGGAGAUCAGAACCAAGCUUGUACGAAAAUACGACACACCCGAACAACAACUAAGAGGCAAAGAAGCAUGCGUUCAUAUGAAGCAGAAGAAAGGAGAGAAGAUUGCCACCUAUGUGCGCCGAUUUUACCAAAGAUGUAUCGAAGCAGAAUUUGACCAAUUCGAUCAAGUCAUGAUUGUCUUCGGACCAAAUUACUUGAAGACCCAAAAGCUUGAGGCCAUUGUGGAAUACCUUGCUGGAUUACAAUUACAUGACUCGGAUGGCGAGAAGCGACAAAGGGACGAUGAAGACGUUGACAUGCUACCAGCCAAGCGUGUAUCACGCCCAGCUCAUCAAGACAAAGACAAGCCCAACAUCAAGAAACCAAUCAAACCCUGUGACUUUUGUGGCCGUCCUCGUGAGAAUAGCAAUCACCGUUGCAAUGAAUUCAGAGAGGCCAAAGGCUUGGCUCCCCUACCGGGUUUGCCACCAGCCAAAAAGAUAAACAGAAGUGCCACCAUUGUCAAUGAUGACAUAGAUGACUCCCUACCUUGUACGUCGGCAAAAUUUAGCCAUGACGUAAAGGAUGAAUUGCUGAUACCUGUAACGAUAGAGAGCCAAAGGAUACAUGCACUACUUGAUGAUGGUGCCAACUUCUCGGCUAUCGAUAGUUCGUUCUGUACAAAGCAUAAAAUAAAGUAUUCAUGUGUAAAGGGAUUCAUUCAAUUAGCAGCGGCUGAUAAACAAGUGCGUCGUAUUGGGCUUACGCGUCCUUUGGAUAUCUGGUAUAACGGUCGUCAUAUAAAGCGCCAGUUGGAAGUAAUGAACCUUGCCAACGGCAAGGUUGCUAGUAUUGGAAAAGACCUCUUUGCUGAUUUCGGCAUUGGCUAUACGGGGUUGGCAUUUACUUGGAAGGACGCGAUCGAAGAAGAAAGCGAAAAGGAAGUAAACGAUGAGCCAAUUCCCAAUGAAAGCACCCGCCGGAACGAAAGAGGAGCAAGAAACCUUCAGCCAGCUCAUAGAGCCUAG